CUGCUCAGCUUAGCCUCCAUCAAAUCUUCUCCAUCAAUAACUUGGUCUCUUGACUAUUUCCUCCUCAUCCCUUCCAAUCCUCCCACUUUCACCACAUACAACACGAAAACGAUAUAUGCAGGCGUAAGUGCUUGACCUCCUAACCAUGGACCACAAAGAUCUCGCUUCUGCCCACGGCGACGUUCCCAUGCAACAUACAAAUGAACUCGACAACAAGCCCAAUGCUCUCAAUGCCCUACCCGUAUCUGCCCAGCGACCUACUAUUGCCCUUGCAGCAGACCCAACCUACGAUCCGCAAGACCCUCUGCGACAGAAGAAGCACGGAGACCCUGAAAAACUCGAAACCUACUCCGAAAACGAUACAAACCUAGGCGACGUUACCGACAUCCAGAAUGCAAGCAAACGACCCACAAGCAGUACCGACGCUAAGAAACUCAACACCACACAAACUGUCAUCAUCUUCGUAACGAAUGAGGUUGGAAUUGGCAUUUUGUCGUUGCCAGCCGCUCUCAACACUCUCGGGUUCUUCCCAGGCAUCGUCGCCAUCAUUGGCAUGGGAAUGCUUAGCUUGUACACCGCCUACAAUCUCAUCCAGUACUGGCGCAAGUACCCCUACAUGCUCAACAUUGUCGACUACGGACGCGUCCUCGGUGGCCCCUGGCUUGAACUCGUCUUUGCCAUUGGCUUUUUGAUCAACAUGGCCCUCAUCAGCGCAUCCGCGGUCGUCACCAUCUCCAUCGGUCUUAACACGGUAAGCGACCACGCGACCUGCACGGUCGCCUUCACAGUCGUCGCGGCCAUUGCCAUGUGGGCUAUGUGCGUACCCCAUAGCAUGCGCUUCGUGUCAUGGGCAUCGUGGCCCUGCACCAUCUCGAUCUUUGCGGCUGUAAUGUUCGUUAUGAUUGUCCUUGGUGUCCAAGGCCCCCGGAACGCGGGAGCACCACUCAACCUGAAGGCCAUCGGAAGCCCCACUUUCACGGAAGCUGUUGCUGCUUUCUUGAACAUCGCCUUUGCUUUCAGCGGGAACCAGGCUUUCCCUACUGUCAUCGCUGAGAUGGAAAACCCUUCUCGUGAUUACCCACGCGCUGUCACGAUUGAGAAGUGUGUCUCUACUUCCAUCUACUGCAUUGUCGCCGCAGUCGUCUACGCACUUUCCGGGGAGUCCGUCGCCUCGCCCGCGCUCGGAUCUCUACAGCCUUUGAUGGCAAAGGUUGCAUACGGACUCAUCUUUGUUGGGCUUCUUGGAACUGGUUUAGUGUUUGGCAUGACCGCCGGACGCUACCUACACGUCUAUUUCUUGCGCGUGAUUGGUACUCACCAGGCCAAGAAGAAUGGUAGCUUCAACGAAGAGGUCUCAUCUUCUUCCGGUUCAUCACGCGGCCGUCGCGCCUCCAUCGCUAUGAGCCACAUGGGCCAGAAAACUGAAUGGGCUGUCUGGAUCUUCUCUGUGACCUUGUUCUGGGUCGUCGUCUGGAUCCUCGCCAACGCUAUUCCAGUAUUCAGCUCCCUUCUCAACAUCUCUGCUGCGCUUUUGCUAUCAUGGUUCACCUGGGGUGUUACCGUACUGUUCUGGUUCCACCUCAACUGGAACGGCAAGUGGCGCUCGAGCAAGAAGAAGAUUGCGAUGGCCGCAUUCAACGUCUUCAUCAUGUGCGUUACCCUUUUCAUGGUGGUUCCAGGCAUGUAUGCCAGUAUCGACGCGUUGCUGAACGUGUUUGCCACUACGGACGUCAAUGGCGCCUUUACGUGCGCAGACAACAGCAUUCUGUAAAUGCUACGUGCAACAAGAUAAACGAAUAAAUUUUCCCAUUUCUACCGACUACAUGGUAGUUUACUUCAAAUACUCUUUUCUUGUUGUAUUAACUUGUUCACUACACCGUUCAAUUUACUUCGACUCAUACGAUAUACAUGAUGCAAUCCAAUAGUUUCGAAGAAAACUGAGUGUUGCACCUCAAGAGACGUUGGCGUCGGCGCCGAACGCACACGCCAUGCUUGAGGUUUCCACGAUUAGCUCCCGGCCACCACCGAAAAACGGCCGCGACUACCGAGCCACAAUCCCUAAACACAUCUCUAGGUCCCUGCAUAUACGUCCAUACUACGACGGACAUGUUUUUUGUACAGUUCGAACAUCAAUUUGACAUGUCUGCGUCGUGAGUA